AUGUCCCCGCCGGGUGUUUGCUGGGUCAACGGUAAAAAACCUGUUUGCCAAGCUUUGUUCAAACAGGGCGGGAAAGAGAUCAAGCGUCGCGAGACGCGUUUCGUAGUCCACGGACUUGAGGCCGGCAACCAUUCUCGUGGCGGCCCGCUGGACACGCUCAAUGAGGUUCUGUUUGUUCCGGGCAUAACUGUGAACGGUGUGCAUCCAUCAAUGCGACCCUUGAAAGAGAAGGAACACGAACAGGUCGUUAGCAAGCUGUGUAAAUAUAUCAAAGAUGUAUCAGUUCUUCUUGAUCGAGAUGACGGAAGCUACACAUUCAUGCUACACAGAGAUCGUGUUUUUUAUGCCAAAGCUUCACUUGCCAAACAUGCUGCCACCAUCACUAGGAAACACCUCCUAAGUUUUGGUACGUGCAUUGGACGGUUUUCAAAAACCGGGAAAUUUCGGAUACAUGUAACAGCGUUAGAUUUCCUGGCUCCUUAUGCCAAACACCGCGUCUGGGUGAAAACUCCAGCAGAACAACAAUUUCUAUAUGGACAGCAUGUUCUCAAGUCCGGACUAGCUAGGAUCUCCGAAGAUACUCCACAGUAUAGCGGUGUGGUUGUGAUGAACAUGAAUGACGUCCCUAUUGGUUUCGGUGUUGCUGCCAAGUCGACUUUGCAAACGAAGAACACUGAUCCAAUGACCAUCGUCGUGUUCCACCAAGCGGAUCUUGGAGAGUAUAUUCGAAGCGAGGAUUCUCUAAUA